AUGGCGCUGCAGCUGCAAAUUGAGAAGCUCAAGGGGCUGGACAACUACAAGGCAUGGUCGAUGACAGUGCGUGCCUAUUUGGAGUCCGAAGAUCUGUGGAGCGUUGUCGAGAGCGGACCGGAGAAUAACGAAGAGUCGAUGCUUAAGGAUAAACGCGCCAAGUUCAUCAUACUGUGUCUGAUUGAGACGAAACUGUGCCAAUUCAUGGUCAGCAUACGCACCGCUCGAGAUUUGUGGAACUAUUUGCGUACACAGCAUUCGCUACGCUGAAAACAAAGACGACAGCCCUACAUAAAAAAGAGACCAAUAAAUAAAUGCUAGCAAUGAA